AUGGGAGCCUAUCAUGUAUUGAGAGCUCUGUUGGCAUUAUGCGCAAUAUGGAUGGAUUUCAUUCCUUAUAUUGACGCAAUGAUUUGUGAUUUCGCAGGUCCAGAUGAGCUACUUGUCCACAACGCUCUCGUUAUCUGCCACAUGAAUAUGGAUGACUUUGACAGCGCAAGUGCCAUAUGCCCACACCGAGUGAACGAGACGGAAUACAUCUGGCAUCCGCAGUCAGCAUCCGAUGAUCAUUCGCAUUUUAACACGUACAUCAGUGAAUAUGGCGCGUUUAAGUCUCUUGCGCUGUCCAAUGUUUUCAUAACCGAUGCGCCAGUUAAAUUUGUCUCGAUGGAAUCGCAUCAGUCACAGACUGCUAUACAUUUUAACGUACCCAUUCACGACGUAUUUGCUGUUACCGACCACCGCUUGAUAUUCGUCUGCGGGCCGAAAGAUUUGGUUCUGAGUGCUGCGUUGCAGCGUCGCUUGGACGCUCUUGAUGGCUACGCGGAAACGCAAAAAUAUCCUUGGUCUCCUGCGACGCCGUUGACUGAGGAAAUUGAAAAGAUGGGACGAACUGUGGGAUUAGGCGUGCUAUUCUUAUACAGAGAGCAUCUGACUGUACUACUGCAGGGUUGUGGUAGCCGCCCAUCACCACUCUUCGAUCCGGAUGUUGAGGUGACUGUAGACCGUGCCACAGGCACGCGUUCAUGUGUGGCGAAUCCUAUAUCUAGGUCGCCGAUAGGGUUUCUGUGCGAAGGCAAGAUCGAACCUGAGGAUUGCAUGAGGUACCUCUUAGACCAAAAUGGUGAAGUUGUCGUUGCUCCCGAACCAUAUUCAUAUUUGAAAUUUUAUGAUACGCGCUGGGUGGUAGCGCGAUAUUUCAACAGCUUAGCUCUACCGCCAUUCCAAGGUGAAUGCAGGUGCAUAGAUUCUGAAACAGGACAGGUGAAGGCCAGGAUAGAGGUCCGUUCGAAAACAGAAUACAUUUGUGACAUCACUGGCAAGAUCUUUAGGAAUCGUGUUCGCCCUAUCCGUGGACAUUGGUGUUCGGUGGUACUUCACCCUGGCAGCACGUUGACCAUAAGGUUCCCGAUAGACAGUGCCACUACGAUCUCAGGCGAAGACUCCGACGAACAUCGCCAACUUGGGCCACCGUCACAAAAGCGUGCUAAAUAUUUGUUCGAAACGGGAUUUCAGCCAACGGACUUGAAGCGAAUGCGGCAACUGAAAAACCAUGAUGGAUUCAAUCUUUACUAUGACGUCUCAUACCGCAGAAUCAUUGCCGGCGAUGCGCUCGAACUGGAUGUAUCUAAAAUGUCCCAGGGGGAGGUUAAGCUAAUAUACCAUAUGAACGAACCUCUCGCAUUGCGAUCGGGGCCAAACUCGUUCUUUUAUCAUUGGACAUUAAAUGCCGUCAGCAAGUACAUUUUCGAUAGGAUCCGAGCCACUGUGAAAGUGUCGUUCGCUUUUACGCAUCGUUACACAAUUCUGGGAUGUGACAGAGAGCAAAGACGUGUGUUUAAUGAUAAAAUAAGCCGGAAAUAUUGUUCAACCAAAUGGAUGGGGAAUGGUGUAGGGAAUAUUUAUGAAUGCCUCUACCAAAAUACGCCUCAGAUCAGCAUAGUUGGCAUUUACUGCAGCACAGGCGAAGAGUUGUUACCCAACAACUGUGAGAGCACGGCUUACGAUCUAAACACCAAUCGUAUUAUGCCACUUCCUGCAUAUGUGCGUAAUAUGACGCCAUAUCCCAUGCAAAGAUUUCAGGUAUUCGACAUCGCAUUUCACACUACAAACGCUUUUAGUUGUGCUUGUGUCUGUGUCGAUCAACGUGGAUACGAGAGGUCCAGGCUUGUGCUACAGUCAAACGACCACAAACACUAUGUAUACGAAAUACUGCGUAAAGAUGCACCUCAUCCGAUUUUACCUUAUGCAGUAUUGCCCUGGCGUGAGGUUGGAUUAUGGAGUGACGAAAGAAGUUUAUUACGAUCAUUCGUGCUAUACAACGUUUACACAACGUCGCAUAUACUGCAUGUGGGCAAAACUUUGUGGUUGGACUGUGGCGUUGGAUCAGAGACCCCGCCACAUAGCGCACCUAAUGACGUCGCAAGUAAUGGGAGAAGAGCAGCAUCAUGGCUGCCAUACUAUACGCAACAUUUUUAUUAUACUGUCAAUCAUACCGCAAGUGGGCCUGAGAUUAUCCGUAAGACUUAUGGGGAGUCUAUUGCUAGUACUGGUGGAUUUCGAAUUGUCGACAAUGACCCACAGAUACGAUCAUAUCAACGCAUGAUGAUCCAAUCACAUAUGAAUGCUGUAUUGGUAUCCAAGGACCCAGUUCACAAGAAGUUUGUGCCGAUGACUUUCGUUUGCGGGAGAAAUCCCGACCCUUCGGACUUGACCGUUGUUUCUGGUGACGUAUCUGCAUCAACUAUUUCCCAUGUCACCGCAUCAUCUGCACAAUAUGCCUCGUACCUAGUUCAAGUGGCGGUCGAAAUGACGGACCCUUACAUGCAAGGCUGCGGCGUAACAUAUCUGUCCACUGAGUUGUUUAGACCUGAGACACCCAAACUCUACGAUGCUGACGGAGAGCUUCAGUUCGGUUGUCAGAUCGACAUUGAGACUGCUAAAGAAGCCGCUUUCUACUGCCCCGCGCCGUACGUCCUGGACCCACCCAAUUGCUUCGACCAGGUCUACGUCAAUGGUGAAGUGAAGAACCUAACCGAAAUAAGCAAGUCGCUGAUUGCAUCAGCAUCCAGCCACUUCGUUACCUUGCUAUUCGACAGUGCUCGUAUAGGACCCGGGGAGACCCUGCACCAGACCCCGCCGUUGGAGUGCCGCUGCGUGACCAUCAAGGGUAUCGUCCUAUCCACCAUCCAUAUCGAGAAUUACUACUCCAAGUAA